AUGGUGAUCAAAAAGCUUCUGUAAGAUUUCAACAAAGACAGCAAGAGUUAUUAAAACAAAAACAAAAAUCAUUAGUGUUAAUGAUUGGUGAUAAUGGAAAUUAUGAUACUCGAACAACGCAGCAAUUUCCAAACAUAGUAAAUCAAGUUAAUGAACUCGACAAAAACAAUAACGAUAACGAUAAUAGUUCACAAAAAAUUUCAAGGGUACCAUCUUCACCUACUUUGGAAAGAUAUGCUCCAGAUUGUACUAUUAUUACUCCGCCCAAUAAAGUAACACCAAAACCAAGAACAUCUUCAUUAAGUAAUAAUCUAGUUCUUGGUAUAAGAAGAAUUAAAACAUACGAUAAUUUAAAAACUGAUGCUGUAGAAAUG